AGGCCAGUUUAGUAAAAGAUUCUAUGGUAAUGCUUCAGCAACAAGCAGUGGGGGAUGUACUCUUUUCUUGGCUAUAAGAUUCUUAAUCAUUGCAGUGAAUUGUUUGGCUAAAUGGAAAUAGUUAGUAUUGCUUAUGAUUAAUGUUUAUAAUUAUUUAAUAUUAUUUUAUUCUGAAAAUGUAGAUUUUUUAUCUUGAUCGCCUUAAUCGGACUCCGUUGAAUUGGGGUGUAUUCCCAAGGAUGAAAGUUUGGUCGAGACAGGAAAUGAACAAGGCAAUAUCAGAUGAUGAGUUUGACUCGGGUGAUUUUGGACGUCGUGGGUGUCUGUUAGUGAGCUACGGGCGCCCACAUCCCUUGAAAGCAGAUGAUAUCCUUCCAUGUGUUGGGAACAAUUCAAAGGACUGUGUAGAUAUGAUAUUGAUUUGGAGAUGUUGACAAAAAAUGUGAAGAAGAGAAGAAAGGCAAUAUCGGACCGUCCGUUUGUUCGGAAGAAAAAUGUAGGGCAACAGGAACUGGAUCAAGUACGGGAAGGUCCUCAAGUGCAAGAUCUGCAUGUGAGUGAAGAUAAGGAUGAAGCAGAUGGUGAUCAAUCUCCUGCUAAUGAAGCAAAUAUGGAUGUACCAGAUCAACACCAACCUGUUGAUGAUCAGGGAAGUGUGGUUAGGGACUUUGCCUCAAAGUCCCAUGAAAAGGAAUUUGGUGUUGAUGAGGAAGAUGGUCCUCAUAAUGUUUUGAUGGAUAAUGCGAGUCAGAACAACACUCAUAGUGAGGAGGUUAACUCAAGUAGGGGUAUUCAUGAACAAGUUAAUGAUUUGGUGUGGACUGUGACUUCAUGUGUACCAAUUAUGGAACUUGAGCAACCAUUGAACGUUGACACUUCAGGCUGUGGGUUCAGGGGUAGCAAGUACACCUUGACCAAUGAUGAUGCAAGCUUUAAUGAGUUUGCAGAUGCAAAUGAUAAUUUUGUUGAUGUAAAUGUUAGUGAGGGUAGAUCAGGGUUGGAUAAUAAUCAUGGGAAUGCAGGUAUUUCUGACAAUGCAGUUUUGAAAAAGACAGACAAUGCAGUUUUGAAAAUCCUAUGUGAGGUUAAAGGGGUGGGAAAUGAGAAUAGUGGUGAAAUGGUAGAGGGAAAUGACAAUGAUGGGAUGGUUGAGGGAAAGACUAAUCAUGUUGGUAAUGAGAUUGGUGCAAGAAGCGUUGAGGGGAAUAUUGAUGAUACUGGUGGGGUUGGUGAGGGGAAAAAAGCUGCUUCUGGUGCACAACAGAAUGGUGCACAGAAUGGUGCAGGCAUUGGUGAUUUAAGUGCACCGAAUGCUGUACGGCUGACUGAGGGACAUGGAACUAUUGGUACUGAUAAUGUAAGGAUAGAGUCAAAUGAAGUGUCUAAUGAAUCGGAGAUUAAUGAGGUCCCUUAUGAAUCUGAAGAAGAACCGACUACCCCGAUAAAUCAGAGGACUGUUAUCCAGAUGGAGAUGUUAAGGAGGAAAGUCGAGCGCAGCAGGAGGCAGAGGAAGGUUGUUGGCCCUCCAACAUUGCCGGUCGAUUAUGUUAUUCACUGGCGACCGAAGUAUAUUCGUCGGUUUCGAGAACCAUUGGUCCAGUAUGUGAUGGAUCAUUCAUCUAGUCAUGGACGAGUUAGGAAUUUGGAGACUGAUAUUGCCUAAUUGAAAUAUGAUGGGGAGUGUGCGCCCGUCAGUAUAUGUGGUUUGGUUGCUAGUUGUAUGGGGCAGAUUUCUAGCUAGCUAAAAUAUAUGAGAAGGUUUGGGAGAUGCAAUUUGUUGGUAAGAGUAGGCGUUUCAUGCUUGAUCCUGCCUUCGGA